CAGAUGCAUUCAAGUUGGUAAAAUUAUUACAAGUACAAUGGAGCACUUAGUUAGGUGCUUAGAUUUGCAGUGAAAAAGUACCACUAAUAACGUGAAUCUUCAUAAAAGAAAAAAAAGUACAAAAAGCAGAGCCAACAAUCGUGCGUUAUCAUGGAACUUUCCACAAAGCUUGUUUAAGUCAAGUACAAACUAGCGGAGCAGAGCAAAUGUGCCUCGACAAGGAUGUUACAAAACAAAAUGUCAUAUUAUUACAUUGCCAAAUCAGCACCAUUUGAACCCUUUAUCAGAUUCCUUCACUAUUCACAAGUCAUGGAUCUGAAGCCUCCCUCUGGUAUAAAUGAGUUGCGUUACCUCAGCAUUGAAAACCAAGACAAUAAGAGUUCUCCAAAGUUAAUUGUCUUCACAGUGAUUAUUGCAGUCAUUGUUAUCCAAAACAACACCACAGUGAUGGCAGGUAAUAGGCAAAAGAAGUCUUCUUCCAAUUUCUUCUCUAUUUUCAACGUCUUCUCAUCUAGGAAGUCCAGAGGAGGCUACUGUGAUGCUCCUGAUUCCAGCCGCAGGGUGUGGCCUAGUGAUUAUGAUAAAGGUAACUGGGGUGUUGCUGAGCCAAAUAUUGACAUGAAAGCCGAAGCUUUCAUUGCCAAGUACAAGAAACGUGUUUCAGAAUCUGCACUCUAUCAACUUGACCCUGCUGCUGAUAACGCAUAAUUUCAAACCAUAUGUAUAUUUCUUUAAUGCUCUAGAUUGUAGUUUAUAGAUUAAUAUUGCUUUGAACUGAUUUAAUAUAUGUUAAUAAAUAACAACGAUGUAUGAUUAAAUUAUUCUAUUCAGCUACUGGUUUAGUUGUUCA